AUGAGGUUUGAACGUGUUAUGCUAGAUUUAGGAGCAUCCAUUAACGUCAUGCCUGCCUCCAUUUAUGAAUCAUUGAAUCUUGGUCCUCUUAAAGAUACCGGUAUUGUUAUACAACUUGUUGAUAGGUCUAAUACUUACCCUAAAGGGGUUAUUGAGGAUGUUUUGGUGCAGGUUAACCAACUCAUAUUUCCGGAGGAUUUCUAUGUUCUUGACAUGAUGGACGAAGAUUCACCAUCGUCUACCCCCUUGUUGUUGGGUAGACAAUUCAUGCGAACCGAAAGAACAAAGAUAGAUGUUUUUAAAGGCGCCCUAACUAUGGAGUUUGAUGAUGAAAUCAUAGGUUUUAAUAUCUUUGAGGGUAUGAGAUAUCCUAGUGAUGUGUAUUCCUGUUUUUCAAUUGAUAUUACUGAUUCUCUAGCUCAACAGAUUUUUGAAUUGAAUGGUGAUGAUGUUUUAGAAAACACCAUAAUGGAGGGUUUAGGUUAUGGAAAAUACAAAGACCUUGAAAGUGAAUUGUCUAUUUUUGAUGAGCUUAAAGAGGCUGUUUUAGCUCUUAACUCAUUACAAGAAGUUCCACAAAAGUAUAAUGCGUCUUAUGUUUCUUUGCCACUUACUAAUGAGAGACUUUUAUCGUCGAUUGUGCAGGCACCUAUUCUUGAGUUGAAACCUCUUCCGGAUCACCUCAAAUACGUAUAUUUAGGUGAUAAGGAAGAGUUUCCGGUGAUCAUUGCCAAAGACCUUACCCAGGUGCAAGCGGAGAAACUUGUUCGAGUGUUAAAAGAGUACAAGUCUGCCAUUGGGUGGACCAUUGCCGAUAUCAAAGGAAUCAUCCCUUCCACACGUAUGCACCGAAUACUUCUUGAGGAGGGGGAAAACCAACAAGAGAGGCUCAACGACGCUUGA